CAUUUUCCCAUCUCCCAUAUCGUACACAUUUCACAGCAAACUCUGAUUCUAUCCAACAACACGAGGCCAACGGACGCUCGAAUUGUUUCGUUUCAAGAACUCCCACACUCCAUCCACACGGCUCAGGCUUAGCAGCAUCUGCACCUAAUUUUCUUUGGUAUCGGAAAGCAGACUAGAGUUUGACAAGAUGAAUGACGUUGAUGACAUUGACCUCUAUGAGGUCCUCGGGAUUACCAGCGGGGCAAGCAAGGCAGAGAUUAAGAAGGCAUAUCACAAGGCCGCUCUAUCACAUCACCCAGACAAGGUUGUGGAGGAAGAGCGCGUAGAAGCUGAAAUUCGAUUCAAAUCCGCGAAGCAAGCGUACGAAAUUCUCUAUGAUGACGAGAAACGACACCUCUACGAUACCCACGGCAUGGCAGCAUUCGAUCCCAGUAGAGGCGGCGGUAUGGGAGAGGGACCUGACAUUGAUGACAUAUUUGCUUCCAUGUUUGGAGGUAUGGGCUUCGGUGGUGGCAUGCCAGGCAUGGGAGGCAUGGGUGGUAUGCCUGGCGGGCCCGGGCCCAGGAACGUUCCAAGAAAAGGCCGAAGCGUAGAACAGGAAUAUCAAGUCACCCUUGAGGAGUUGUACAAGGGCAAGACAACAAAGUUCUCGAACACGAAAAACGUUGUUUGUCAAACAUGUAAAGGGUCAGGAGGCAAGCCCGGCGCAAAACCUCACGAUUGCAGCGUAUGCAACGGUAGAGGCGCAAAAGCUGUUUUGCGACAAGUAGGUCCGGGCCUUGUGACACAAGAAACCGUUACAUGCUCCACUUGCUCGGGCUCGGGGAAGCUGUUCAAGGAGAAGGAACGCUGCAAGAAAUGCAAAGGGAAGAAGGUCAAUGAAGCCAAGAAUGUUCUUGAGCUCUACAUCCCUAGGGGCGCGCGGCAAGGCGACCGCAUCGUCCUCGCCGGAGAAGCCGACCAGCUCCCAGAUCAAGAACCCGGCGAUAUCAUCUUCACUCUCGAAGAAGCACCGCAUGACGUCUUCGAGCGGGCAGGCGCAGAUCUGAGAGCAGAGCUGAAGGUCACGCUAGUGGAAGCCCUCGUGGGCUUCAAUAGGGUCAUAUUAACGCACCUUGACGGACGCGGCAUCCAAUUGCACGUUGAACAGCCAAAUGGGAAAGUCCUGCGACCAGGAGACGUGCUCAAGGUUCCGGGUGAAGGCAUGCCCAUGAAAAAGAGUGAUGCGAAGGGCGAUCUCUAUCUCGUUGUCGACGUGGAGUUUCCCGAAGAUGGAUGGCUGAAAAACGACGAAGCCAUCCAGAAGAUCAAAGAUGCUCUUCCGGCUACCACCAUACCCGAGGACAAGCCUGACGAUGUCGAGGAGGUCGAAUUCGAAUUCGGCGCUGACAUGGACGAUUUUGGCGCUGGUAGUGGCGAUCCACGCGCAGGCAAUGAAUGGGAAGAUGAUGAUGAUGAACAGGGAGGUCCUCAAUGUGCUACCCAAUAAUCGGCCGAAUGACAUUGUUUCUCAUCGAGGGCGUUCAAUGCGAUUGCAUCUCUUUUUGGGUAGCCUCCUAUCCCAUUGGAAGAUAAAUAGCAUAGCGAAAUGGGUUUGCGUCGUGAUGAGGGCGUCGCAGUCUAGUCCGGUGUCUGAUGUUCGUAUGGACUGGCAUUUGGUCCCACCUGUGUAGGCUAAUAAUUUUGGCCACGGAAGAAGUCAAUCGUGUUAUUCAAUGGAGAUGAUUUGGGCAAAUGUAUCUGGAAGACAUCUAAGAGCCGGCGAGAUGAUAGAAGUCAUGGCUCCUCCGGCGAGUACGUUCGUAGAUCAUUGUGGCACUUUUUAUUGCGUAGGGUACAAGAAACAGUAUAGGUAUAUACUUAGUUAGAUUGUGGUGCUAUGGUGGAGAUCUGGCCAAUGACCUCAACGUUAUGAAUCAUAGAUCAUCUGUG